AUGCUCAAGUCCACCGACAUUAUAUUCGACAAGCUCAGAGCCCGAUACGAAGCGCCGCAAGCUGCGCAAGGGGACUACAAGUUGCUGGGACUGCAAGAAGAGGAAAGUCAGAUGCGCCGUGGUGCGCCGUGCAUCAGUCAAGAGAAGCCGGAAGAAGAGUUCCAAGCACAGGCUGAAAGUAAUCGGGAUCCUCUUCUUGAUAGGAUCCAGAGAGUGGAAUCACUGCUGGAACAGCUGCUCGAGGUCGGGCAUGCAGUCCAGCGGGACAUCAAACCAAACACUCUCGGAAAUCCAGUGAACGAACAGUCUGGGUACUUCACUCCGGUGAGUGAGUGCCAGGCACCGGUAUCGUGCAGACCACCGACAGCGCCAUGCGCCGCAACAAACAGCAUUGCUGUCGUCGUGACAGACGAGAACAAGAAGAUUUCGGAAGAGCUGCUCAAGGCUUUUCCAGCUCAAGCUGAGAUCGACGCGUUUUGCAAGCUUGACUACAUCGCCACAUUCUACUGCCAUCAAUUGUUCACAAGUUCCGACCGCCCAGAGCAUGAAGCAUUCGACUUUGUUAAUGACUUCGCCGCCAUCCCUGAUUCGUCCACGCAUCCCGUCCUAAUAGCGAAAAGAAUGCUAUUAUUAGCUUUGUUUCUGCAGUACUUUCGCGCGCAGAACUGGGGUAAUCUGCCCGAAAGUCCUUGUGAUGUCAUGGACAGACUGGUUGACACCGCUGUGCGUCUUGUCACGACGAAUGAGAACCUGGUCUGCUGUAUUGACGGUCUCGAAUGUGUCAUACUCGAAGGCCUCUUUCAGAUAAAAGGCGGAAACCUGCGAAGAGCUUGGCUGGCUUUCAGGAAGGGUAUGACGGUCGCACAACUGAUGAGACUUGAUCUUCCCAAUCCAGCGCCCGUAAAGACGCUGGAUGGUGAAAUCGACACGAACCCGAAGUUCAAGUGGUUUCGCUUGGUGUUCAUGGACGUGAUGCUCAGUCUGAUGCUUGGUCUACCUCAUGGUGGCCAAGCAUCAGAUAAUCUCGAGCACGACAUUCCAGGCGAAACACCAAGCUGCAAGCUAGAACGCAUACAUACCAUCGUCGGGAGACGCAUUAUCGAACGCAACCGAUGCGAAGUCUUCCCCGACGACCUCAAAACGACACGCGAACUCGACCAAAUGCUAAUCAAAGCCGCCAAAGCCCUACCAGACAAGUUCUGGGCCCCGCCAAAUUUUGCGUCGCUCAAACCCAACACGAGAGGAGCUUUUUGGGAAGUCAUGCGCAUGUGCGAUCAAGUGCAUCACUACAAUCUAGUGCAUCUCUUACACUUGCCAUAUCUUCUCCGGUGCGAUAAGGAAUCCACCUACAACACGUAUGCCAAGAUCGCUUGCGUCACUGCAAGCCGCGAACUACUCCAUCGAUUCAUUGCGUUUCGCGUGUUCCAAGGCCUCGAGGCACCUACGGUGUACUGUCGCUCUGCCGAUUUCCUCGCCUUGAUGGCUGCCAUGACAGUGCUUCUAGCCCAUAUCGACGGCCACAAGCUCGGCACAGACGACUGGAGAGCACACCAACGCCACAGCGACCGCGCGCUGGUAGAACAGCUACUGAAGCCGCUCGACAUGCUCGGUUUUCGCGCAGAUGACAGCCUGUGCCGCAAAGGCGCGGAGCAGCUGCGGCGGCUAUUAGACGUCGAAAGCGAUGCAGCCAGGGGUGUAGAUCUAUCUGCUCACAGCACUGUGAGAGACCUUGAGCAAAACUCCGGUGAGCUGCAGCUUCACAUACCUUACUUCGGUAUCAUCAAGAUCGGACAGGAGGGCAUCACUAAAGACGACUCGAACAAACUCAAAUCAGUCCAGCCUUUGCCAAACACCUUCCCACAUAGCGUGUUCGUGGCGAAUCAUCUCAUUUCUACAGCUGGGUUUGGAGAUGCGCUGCACCAGGAGCCUCAGCCGCAGUACCUUUUGCCGAUAGAUGAUGAGCCGCUUGCACAGGUAGCGAGAACACCGAUGAUCGCAGAUGCAGAAUCCGUCGCUGAUGGCGAGUGUGAAUGA